AUGACACCUAAACCCUUUACUAUUGUUCAGGAAAUAUGUAAUAAGUUUGUAACAAAUUUUAAUAAACUUGAAGAUAAACCAAUAUAUACUAAAUUAGUUCAUGGUAGAACUUGGAAAGAUUCUGAAUUCACAAAAAUGUUAAGUGAGGGGACAUAUCAAUUGACUAUCAUAUUACCAACAAUUCAAGAAUCAUUAAAAAAUCUUCCUAUUGGUGAUUCCUUUUUCAUUAGUACAUUGGAAAAACAAAGUGUCUCCAAAGUGCAAGGUAGUCAGCAUCGAUUUCAUAAUACAAGCUGGUAUAAAGAUGUUAAAAAACUCGUAGACAUUGUUAAUCGUGAUCAUCUAAAAAGAUGCAUAUGCCAAGAUAAAGGAAUUUUUCUUGAGGUAUGGUAUGAUGAAAAUCCAGAAAAGCGUAAAAAUACAUUGGACUCAAAGUCUUCAAGUUUAUUAACAAUCGUAGUACAGCAAAUAUUAGGCAGUCAUGCUCACAUGUCACGGCAUAUAAACCCGUUACUUUAUUAA